AUGGACCUCACCGCACUCUUUGAGACAAGCUUCUCAGAACCACAAUGGCUGGUUUGGAUUGCUGCAAGGUUCAUGUACUGGGAUGAACGUCAAAAUGAAGAGUAUCGAGGCGAUACAGGCCCAUUCACUAUCAAAAUCAAUCCCAUCAAGAUUUUGUCCGUUAGAUCCAUGGAAUCGGCAAAGGUCUUUUCAGACUCCAUACUUGCAGGGACUCAUAUCACCUACAGGGACUACGCCUUCACAGGGAUGGUAGCGGUUGACAGAACGUUAGAAACUACCUCACCGGUUGUUGGUGUGGUCGACACCGGGGGUGGCCGUUGUCAUCGUCGCGGGGGCUAUGACAGAGAUUAUCGGGGUGGUGGUGAUCGACGGUGGCAACGGCGGGCUGGCGAGAAGGGCGCAGUUCAGCUUGUCAACUUGUUGGAUCUGCGAGUGGCCGAUGGUGCUGACUCAUACGCGGACUGUGCGUUGAAAAGGUUGGGAGUUGGCGUUGUGAGUCGGAGCCGCUCCUUUGGCUUUGGCAACGAGCAGCCGAUUCGCUAC